CCCUGUGGCCCCGGCACACUCGGGGCAGGGGUUUGGCUGUGGGGUCAGCAGGGUCCCAGCCCUCCCAAGCCUCACGUGCUGCAGCCACCCUCGCCACCCUCCGCGUUCAGCCCGCGGUGCCACCGCCGGGACCCCGUGACACGGCCCCGGUGCCAGGCUGGGGCAGCUCCGGCCCAGAGCAAACACAUCCCUGGGUUGGUGGGGGCAGAAGGUGGGGCCGAGGAGGAGCCUCCCCCUCCCGCUGUUAUAUUGGAAGCCUUCCCGUUGUCGAGCUCUCUUUGCUCCUGUCACAUCGCCUGGUCACAAAAAUGACGUCCUACACAGACAAGGGAGAAAAGCCCCAACGAGGCCGCUUCAUCCAUUUCCACUCCAUCACCUUCUGGGUCGGCAAUGCCAAGCAGGCUGCAUCCUACUACUGCAACAAGCUGGGCUUCGAGGAGCUGGCGUACCGGGGGCUGGAGACCGGCAGCAGGGAGGUGGUGUCACAUGCUGUCAAGCAGGACAAGAUCGUGUUUGUUUUCUCAUCCGCUCUGAACCCCGGGAAUGAGGAGAUGGGGGAGCACCUGGUGAAGCACGGCGAUGGCGUGAAGGACGUCGCCUUCGCAGUGGAGGACUGUGACUUCAUCGUGCAGAAAGCCAAGGAGCGCGGUGCUGUGGUGGUGAAGGAGCCGUGGGUGGAGCAGGACAAAUUUGGGAAGGUGAAGUUUGCAGUGAUCCAGACGUAUGGUGACACCACCCACACCUUAAUAGAAAACAUCAACUACAAGGGCCUGUUCCUCCCUGGGUACCACCCUCCCCUCUUCAAGGACCCCCUGCUGCCCAAGCUACCAAGCACCAAGCUCAGCUUUGUUGAUCACGUUGUGGGGAACCAGCCUGACCUCCAGAUGGUCCCAGUUGCAGACUGGUACCAGAAGAACCUGCUCUUCCACCGCUUCUGGUCAGUGGAUGACAAGCAGCUGCACACCGAGUUCAGUGCCCUGCGCUCCAUCGUGGUCACCAACUAUGAGGAGACCAUUAAGAUGCCCAUCAAUGAGCCAGCACCUGGCAAGAAGAAAUCCCAGAUUCAGGAAUACAUUGAUUACUACGGAGGGGCUGGAGUCCAGCACAUCGCACUGAACACCCCUGACAUCAUCACAGCAAUCACCAACCUGAAGCAGAGGGGCAUGCAGUUCAUGGAUGUGCCCUCCAGCUACUACCAGAUGCUGCGGGAGAGGCUCAAAACUGCCAAAAUCAAAGUGAAGGAGAACAUUGACAAGCUGGCGGAACUGAAAAUCCUGGUGGAUUUUGAUGAAAAAGGCUACUUGCUCCAGAUCUUCACCAAACCAGUUCAAGACAGACCCACGGUGUUUCUGGAGGUGAUCCAGAGGCACAACCACCAGGGCUUUGGUGCUGGGAACUUCAAGUCUCUGUUUGAAGCCAUAGAAAUGGAUCAGGAUGCCAGAGGAAACCUGACAGUCCUGGAGCCCAACGGGGAGACCAAGCGGAUGUAGAGGAUGGCAGCAGGUGCCACCUUCAUCCCUAAGGAGCUGAAUCCUAAAUGAACUGGGAAACACACAGUGUUUUGGUAAAUAACCCAGACUUGAGUGCCACAAAGGCAGGGAAGCCACUGCCAAGCUGGACAAUGUGACAGGACCCAACACCUCUCCCAGCCCAGCCCUGGCACUGCCCUUCGGUGACUUCCUGGGAAACGGGGUGUGGGAAAUAGCAAACACACUCUCAAAAAGCAGCUUAAUCUGAUCCAAACCAUGGAAUUCUUAACAAAGGGCAGAUUUAAGACAUACAGCUACAGAGGAAGACAGAAGAAACAACUGGGAGUGCUCAAAUUUAGUCUAUCCAAAGUUUUAAUUUUAGCUACACAGGAAGCUGCGAAAGCACGGAGGCGUUUGCCUCUCUGCUCAUCUCCUUUUGUAAGAUUUUGGUUUAAUUGCUUUUAGACUCAAUCUUGACUUUGAAUUUGCUGAGAAUAAACAUGGUUUUAGGGUAGCUCCAA